CUCGGUAACUGCUAUUUUGUCAGUGCCAGUCGACCGAGGUGUAGAAUUCUUAACAGUAACCCGAGACGAAGAAUAUAUAUUUUAUCUCAUCUUGUGCUAUCCAGUACACUGUGAAUACUUAAUACAUGCUUUCCUCUACGUUUUCCAUCGAUUACUUGACGAGCAAGGAAAAUAAUUGCGGAUUGGCACAUAACAGUACCGGAAGUGACGAAGGACUACGCCAUUCACUUGUCCCGAGUAUGAGUAAUAGCUCGAGCGGAUCGGAGUCGGAAAAUCAGGAAGUGUUUCUGUCUUUGGACAAAUCUGCGAAAACAAACAUGGCAGGCACUUCUGAUGCAAAGCCUGCACAGUCCUACAUCGCUAUGAUUUCCAUGGCGAUACUGAGCAGUCCGGCGCAGAAAAUGCUACUUUGUGAUAUUUACCAGUACAUCAUGGAUAACUUUCGUUUCUACAACAACACAAAAAAGGCUUGGAGGAACAGCAUUAGACAUAACCUUUCCCUUAACGAAUGUUUUGUGAAGAGUGGCCAUUCUGAAAACGGUAAAGGUCAUUACUGGUCAAUACACCCAGCUUGCAUCGAGGACUUUUCUCGUGGUGAUUUCCGACGCAGACAGGCCAGAAGGCGAGCAAGAAAUGGCAUUAAAGAAGUGGACACAGCGAUGUCCAGUAUGAAAGGUGGCAUGAACGAUAUGGUAUACGUCCCUAUGACGUCAUCUCCGGUUGGGUAUCACAACCAGGCGCCGCAUUCCUGCGCGCAGACAGGAUGGAGUGGCGGCGGAAGUGGUGUGGUCUCCCCGCAGAUUUCCAGUCCAUCAUUUUUUCAAUCCACGUUUCCGGGACAGCAUCGUAUCUCCCAUCCGCCCGUGUUAGAUAAUAUGGACGCCUGGUAGUAUGGACGAUCAGAGGCAUUUGAUUUAUCUUGCUAACUCCUUCCUUUAUUGUGGUUUACCCGUAUGAUUGUGCUAUGUAUAAUUUAUUUUACAUAUUAUUUUUGAUUUUGUGUAGAUUAUGAUUGAAUAUUAUGUUAAUGAUUAUCAUUUCGUUAUUUUAAUGUAUGAUAGUUGUACGCCUUUAUAUGUUAUAUUAAAAUUGAAGUCACGAGAAGAGAAAUUGUCCUUUUCUGAUUAAGCUAAUCAAAACAGCUUUAGGUAGUAAGUUUAAUCUGCCAUAUGUUUUUGUAUUGUCUAUACUGGGAAGACAUGAAGAGUAUAGUUAGGAAAUUCUACGUACUAUACGUGGACGCACGUGCGUCUACUUCUGGUUAUUAUUUAUAGAAACAAAUCACUGUGUCUUGCUAAUAUUUUCUAUAGAUAAUCAGGGGCGUAGAUAGAGGUUCAGACAUGUGCAAGCCUAGGCAGUCCAGGGCAGCGCCCUGGUGGGGGGUUCAGACGGAAAAUGGUUUUAAGGAAUUGAUCAGCCCCUGGAAAAGAUUUUCGGUAAUGCUUGAUAGUACUAAACUUGUGUUAUUAAAAUCAAAAUAAUAGGUCCGUUUUCUACCUGUAUGAAAACUUAAUAAUUAUGCGUUGAUGUUUGAUCCGUUUCUAUUCCAUUUACAAGUAUCAAAAUCUCACGCUGACCCGUGACCUACAUGUAACUUGGGUAACUCUUAUAGGAUUUGAGGAUAGAUCGGACGGGACCCAUUACGCUACGGAAAGUGAUUUUAAAGAAUAUGUAAUUAUCGCAAAAUGUUUUGAGACGCUUUAUUUAUUAAAUCGUUCAGAAGAAAGCCAGUUUUCUCUUCUUUUGGGCAAUGAACACUUCCAUUACUCUAGUCACAUCAAUUGGCAUGUCUCUAUGGACAUGGAUCAUUGCCAGGGACGAAAGACGGUCUUGACGUGUCGUCGACCUAAGAUACGUCUUUAUACGCCUAAGAGCGCUAAAUGAGCGCUCCGCUGUCGCAGUUGAGACUGGCAGUGUCAAUAGUAUAAUCAAUAUAUUGCAUAUCGAUGGAUAAAGUUGUUGCGCGGUACGGUUCAGAACUUCCGUCAGCUCAUCUGGCCUGUCUCCAGCAUAUGAUAUCCAAAAAUAUUUAUUUUUGCAUAUAAAAAAAUCGUUUUGUGUGUAUGCGAAAUUCGAAUUAUGCAUAUGUAAAAAUCGAAUUUUUGAAUACAUACAGCAAAAAUAGGGUUUCACAUUUUUCACACAUGUAAAAUUCGAAUCAUGCAUAGCAUAGCCUAUGUGAAAAUAAUGAAUGAAUAUAAAAACGGCGCCUCAUAUAAUUGGGCAUAAAAAGAUAGAAAAAUACAGUGUACGAAUCGUUGUUUUCAUGAAGCCUACCUUGAUGGGAAUCCAUAUUUCUCUAUAUCGUAGAUUGUACAUUUCCUCUGGGUUGGGAUUUUGGGACCAUACUUCUAAAUAAGGUGUGAGUGUCAUUAUAAUUUGAGAGGUGUCACUUUUAGAUGUCGAUUUAACAUUUUCGACAAUUUCUUCUGUCGGGCUUUGACUUUGCGUGUCUUUCGGUUUAGGUUUGAAGAAGCUAUCUAGAUAUAUAUCGUUGAUUGUGCUUUCUUCAUAUUUACGCACCAAACAACUAAACACCGGAAACCCCUAGAUUUAUAAUAAUAAACGGAUACGACUUCAGGUUUCCAUUUCCGGAUUUCGAAAAACAGCAUGGCUAUCUGCGUAUUUCAUUAUCAUUAAUUUUAAUUAAUCUACGUUUAGAUUUUUUUGUGAUUCUACAUUCAAGACCUUGACGGGUCGACAAUACAUAUUAGAUAUAUUAACUUUACAAGACCAUGGCUUAUUAAUAACUCAUACUAGGAUUUUUUAUGUGCAAGCGCGCGGGCUUUUUUUUAUAUAGCAAGCUACGCCCCUGAUAAUAACAAGAAGCAGGCGCCUGUGGUGAACGUAAGAAACAAUAUUUUACGAGGGAUUGACUAGGAGUCAUGGUGAUUUCAUUGCGAUUGUUUUGAUUUCCUAAUCAGAAUAGAACCAUCAGCUUAUACAAGUUAGAAUAUAGAUGAUGGCCACUGUAGGCUUCACAUUUCGCACAUAGCACUGUUUUGCUGUCAUGUAAAGUAUUACUCCUAUACGCAUACGAGGUCUUAUUCCACCUGAUUACAUUGGUGAAUAUUAUGACAGCCUGUUAAAAGUUUCCUGUCGUGUUAACCUCUAAUAUCAUUGGAGUAGUAAGGUAUUAACUAUUACUCACGGACGCACGUUUAAUUAUGAAACUUUUAUAUGGGUUUGAUAUAAUUAGAUAUGAAAUACUGUUUUGGCAUUUUUUUAAUUGAAAGAUACAUUGUCCAAGUGUUAGGUAUAGCAGUUACUUGUUGCAGUUCGAAAUGUUUUGUAUAGCCGUACACUGGCAAUACGGAUGUUGAGAAGGAACAUCGCACAGGGAGGCUUCGUAAAGAUCUAUAGUAUUGUAUGCAUUUACACCGUAUGAACCUUCCUCUCAAACUUUUUUUUAUAUAUUAUCAACAGACCCCGCAUAUUGGACAUUUUCAUAAAAGAUAUGUGUGUAAGAAGGCUUACUGGAAAUAACCUGCCUGGUACCGCAAUCACAGCGCCGUUUGACGAUAUCAUUAUAGUGAAUGAUUGAUAUUUCCCAAGCUACAUAUCCAUAUCAUUUGAACGUUGAAUUUGUGUAAUGGCUAUAUAAUUUGUUGUUAAUAAUGCUUUACCAGGAAGAAAUAAAAAUCAACAGGUGUAUGGGGGUUGAUAUUUGGAUGUACGCCGUGUAAAUAAAUGCUAAACAGCCGUACACAUCUUGAAUUUCCUGAUCAUACAGUUGGCUAUCAAGACAUGACAAUCAUGUUAGCAAAUCGUAGAAUAUGAAUAUUAUCACCAGGGAAUAUCCAAACAUUCCUUAUAAUUCGUCAUCAACUGUCGCUGUGAUUGCCGUACAAAGCAAUAUGCGUCAAUUUUAACAUCGAUGUUUUUCAGGAAAAUGAUUGAUACAGAGGGUCUAGGAUUCGUAAAGGGUCACAUAUAUAUAUAAAGGUUUGACAGGGACAAUAGCCACAUACGGUGUAAAUGCAUAAAAUACUGCGUAAGUCUUUAAGUCUCUAUAAGUCUUUACAAAACCGAACUGUGUGUCGAUCCUACAAGAGAACGUUCUAAUAAGUGCCGGUAUUAGAUCUUAGAAAGAUAUGCUUAAUUUGUAUUGUUUCAGGGGUUUAACAUCAUCGCAAUAGCCAGUCAUCUAAGGACAUGUUAUAGUUAUCAUUAUAAUGCAUUGGGCAACACUAGUACAUCUACAUUUAUAUACAUUUUGUAUAUCAAUUCAAAACAUAUUAUCUUUGAUAGGUUC